GUUUUAGUGGUGAGAUUUAGACGAAGUAAUUAUUUACAGCGCAAGUUGAAAGGAUGGUUGACCAUAGUGGCGAUGAUAUAAAAGAGGAGCACAUGCGACUCGCAACGAUAAUAAAGGAUUGCCACGAAAAUUUGAGAUCUCAAUCCAAAGUGAAGGGGAUGAACGAAGCGUGGAAUGAACAUUUGCAGAACACUACUCUAUUGCAACAAUACUCGACAGCUAUGCACCGUUUAGCAUCUAUAUGGGAAUCAAAUACCACAAAUCCGAACUUAUUUGCACGUAGUCGAGUGAAAUGGAUAACUGAUUAUUGCAAAUCAUAUUUUUUUACUAAAGAAACAUUUCUUGAGAAACGCAACCGUGAAACACGAUUGGCGAUGUCCUACACUGACAUUCAAACCAUAGACAUCAAUUACCCAAAACUAACUAUUCCAGAUUGUAUAAAUGUACUGGAUGUAGGCAGCUGUUUUAACCCAUUCUCCAAAGAGCAAAAUUUUAAUGUUACAGCAAUUGAUUUAUGCCCAGCCACAAGCGAUGUCUUAAAAGAGUACAUACCUUCACCGGAAGAACGUCUACAUUGCUGUCGCAAAGCUCACGAGCUAUUGCGAUCGGAAGGCAUUCUUAUAAUUAUAACUCCCGACUCCCAACAUGUAGGUAAAAACGCAAAAUUAAUGAAAAACUGGCGAUAUGCAUUAGGCACUUUGGGUUUCUACCGAAUUUGUUUUGAGAAAUUGCCACAUAUCACUUGCAUGGUGUUUCGAAAAACACUUAAUCCUUCAGUGGCUCGUGUAUGGGCCGAGCUGCAUCGGGAGGAUUAUAUGACAGCGACAAUAAAUAUACCACAAGAUGAUAUAAAAUAAAUGUACUAGCGUACACACUCUUUUAUUUUCGAGAUUUUGUUUAUACAGUACAGAAAUUAUACAAAGCUUAAUAA